GCCGCUUGUAGUCUUCUGUGUGUUGAGGUACGUCUUCAUAAACCUGCCAAACAGCCAAUCAGGACGCUUAUGUUAAUCCCAUUUUCUUAAAACCCGUCAAUAUGCCUCUAGCUGGAUUACAGCUAGAAGUGUAUCACAGCUCAGCAGAAUUUUGGAGAUGCCACACUGUUCAGUUUACGGGUCUAUGAUUUGCAUGUGCAGAACUCUCUCGGAUCUUCAGCCUAGAUUGUUUAGAAACUUCUGUUCUAAGUGAAUCUGAGAAGCGCACAGGAGCGAUUUUGUUUGAUUUCUUGUCGAUUUAAAGUUUCAUUCCAACUUCAAAAGAAACACUUAUUUUGGGAAUUGCUUUGGUACUGUCCAUAAUAGCCUACAUCAACUAAACUACCAAAUAAUUGACUUAUUUUCCAAAUCCCAUCGUCAUGUCCUCCGGGGAUGAGUCGGAGCAGAGUCGGCGGUUCUGUGUGUUGUCUUGGGAGCAGGUGCAGAGGUUGGACUCUAUUCUCGGAGAGAGCGUCCCUAUUCAUGGACGCGGAAACUUCCCGACGCUCUCUGUACAGCCUCGGCAGAUAGUCCAGGUGGUUCGGGCGCGUCUGCAGGAGCGUGGUGUGGUGGUCCGGGAUGUGAAGCUGAACGGUUCAGCAGCCAGCUAUGUGCUCCACCAGGACACUGGCCUGGGCUACAAGGACCUGGACCUCAUCUUUGGCCUAAACCUGACUGAUGACAAGACCUUUCGUGUGGUCAAAGAUGUGGUCCUGGACAGCCUGGUGGACUUCCUACCUCCGGGGCUCAGUCGUGUCUCGCCCAUGACCCUCAAAGAGGCCUACGUCCAGAAGCUGGUGAAGGUGUGCAACGACACAGACCGCUGGAGCCUGAUCUCCCUUUCCAACAACACAGGGAAGAACGUGGAGCUGAAGUUUGUGGACUCUCUGCGGAGGCAGUUUGAGUUCAGCGUGGACUCAUUCCAGAUCGGCCUGGACUCACUGCUGCUGUUCGACCGCUGCUCAGAGACGUCCAUGUCUGAGAGCUUCCACCCCACCGUGGUCGGAGAGAGCAUGUACGGGGACUUCCAGGAGGCCCUGGGACACCUCCGCACCAGGACCAUAGCCACGCACAGCCCUGAGGAGAUCCGGGGAGGAGGACUGCUGAAGUACUGUCACCUGCUAGUGCGGGGGUUUAAACCGGACUCAGAGGCUCAUAUGAAGCUGCUGCAACGCUACAUGUGCUCUCGUUUCUUCAUCGACUUCCCGGACAUUGGCGAGCAGCAGCGUAAGCUGGAAGCGUAUCUCCAGAACCACUUCAACGGCAUGGAGGACAAGCGCUAUGACUGCCUGGUGACGCUGCGGCAUGUGGUGGACGAGAGCACCGUGUGCCUGAUGGGCCAUGAGCGCCGCCAGACGCUGGCACUUAUCUCGGCGCUGGCGCUACGGGCCAUGGCAGAGCAGAACGCCAUCCCUGCCCUGGCUAACAUCACCUGUUACUACCAGCCGGCACCUUACGUCAGGGACGUCAACUUCAGUAACUACUACAUAGCGCGGGUCCAGCCGCCCAUGAGUAACUCUUAUAGUAACUCUUACCACAGAACAUGGCUUCCUUGCAGCUGAGUGAUGUGGAUCAGUGUAAGAGGACUAUGUUGUAUGUUGUGUUUUUUAAGCUUCUAGUUUCUCUGUUUUAGUCUCAAAUGGUACCCUAUUCCCUAUAUAGUGCAGUACUUUACAUGACCAGGAAACUAUAUAGGGAUAGGGUACCAUUUGAGACACACCCUCUGUCUUAUGGUAACGUGAGCUCAGCAGUUUGAUAGAGUGCUUUGCUCAGUCCACCUGUAGCAAAAUGGGUUCUUGUGGGAGACUUGAGGACAAAGUCCAAUGAGGACCAAAAAAAAGGAAACAUUUGUAUUGAAUUGUAUCUUUUUGCCAAAUCUUCAAUUGCAACCAUUCCCACUACGUUUUUCAAUGAAUACUGCUGUAAAUCUGAUUUGAGACGUUGUUAUGACGUUUUGUUAGGGUUUUUUUCUGAAGCGUUGGUUUCUUUGUUAUAUGUAUGGUGAGGACUGGUGGUCUAUUUUGAUGUAUGGAAAACGGUUGAAAUGUGAUGGAAGAACUUUUCAUCCUCCCAGUCGUGAUGAGGAACUUUAAGUGUAUUGGAAUCCAUAAAAGGAAAUAUAAGAAACCAGAAAUCUGUAUUCUGUUCUGACUGUGGUUUCAACUGAUCUUUUCAUUUGCAGAUGUAAGGACCAAAUAAUACCAUGUUUGUGUAGCGUGAAGAAGAAAAAAACAGACUUUUGUGAUUCUAAGUGCCUGAAAUACCAACCGACAUCUUAAAGGAGUUUACUCUUUUUGGAUCUUUUUCACCCAGGUUACUGUACAUUUCUCGAUCCAGGGUCAGGGUACUUCUUUUUCAAAUAAUAAUAAAAAGGUACAAAAUGGAAA